ACAAAGUUUGAAGAUGAGACUACGUUUUCGAGAAGCUAGAAUAAAAAGAUUAGAAACAGUUGCUUCUGAGAAGAUCUCAGCUGAGACACACUUGCUAAAAGAAAAAGAGGAGCACUUGAAGGAAAUUGAGGUCUUGCGGGCCCAGGUGGAUCGGAAUAAUGAAGCAACUAGAUUUGCUAUGGAAAAUUUGCAGCUAAAAGAAGAAAUUAGAAGGUUAAAGUCAUUUUGUAUGGAAGGUGAACGAGAACGGAUGAGUGAACAAAUCAUGGUAUUGGAAAACAAGUUGUUGGAAGCACUAGAUUGGAAAUUUAUGCAUGAAACAGAUCUGAAAACAAAUUCUGAUUUGAUGAUCGAAGAUGUACAUAAUGAUGGUAAUCUCAUCUCCAAACAGGUAAGAAUGAUAUAGUAUUUCCUGCAUCCA